GUGCAGAGGGGAGAGGGAGGCAGCAGAGUCCAGAUGGAGGAGCUCUGUUUGUUUUGAAGUAGCUGACUGCUGCUGAGAGCAGGGCAGGGUGGAGGGGGAAACCUCGCACUCGCUCAGGGCGACAACGAGACAACAUACUGGUGUUUUGUUUGCCUGUGUGGACAGUUCUCCUGUCGCAGCUGUGCUGCUCAGUGUGGAGGCGCUCUAUGCAGCUCAAGGUCAGGAACAGCCAGCGGCAGCCUCGGGGAUUUGUCCCAUCUGGAUCUUGGGACCCGCGGAGGGAGGUGGGAAAACUUUCCUUGUUUAAAUAAAUGGCCAUGGAGAGCCAUGGGGCUGUGAAGAGGAUGUGAGGCCCGGGAUACUGUCACUACCUCCCAAAAGUAGCGUCAGUUCUCCUCUGGCUGAUCUCGUGUCAGAGACGAAGGGAAUGGGCCCAGCCUCACUGCAGGAGGACAGAGAGCUGAGGAAAGAGUCCAAGGAGGAGAUGGAGAGCUACCGCUGCCUUCUACAGGCAGGCUCCCAGCUAGAGAGCACUCUGCAGCAGGUGACUGUGCCUGUGAGCAUGAAGGAAGUGGGAGGCUAUAUAGAGAAACAGGUAGCAUACCUCUCAGGGGGCCGUGGGGAAGACUCCAGCGUUAUCAUCACCCUCCCAGAAUGCUCAGCUUUCAGUGACAUUCCAGAGGAAGCUCUAGCCAAAGUUUUUACCUACCUCACUCUCAUCCCUCGAACGAGGCAACCUGGAGUCAAAUUUAUCGUUAUUUUAGACCGAAGGCUGGACACUUGGGCAUCUAUCAAAACGGCGCUUGCCAGGAUAGCAGUGGUGAUGCUGAGUUCUGUCACAGACCUGCUGCGCUACAUCGAUGAGAACCAGCUGACGUCAGAGUUUGGAGGCACUCUGGACUACUGUCACAGUGACUGGAUUGUUUUGCGGACGGCCAUUGAAAGUUUCGCUGUAACAGUCAAAGACAUUGCACAGAUGCUACAGGGCUUUGGCACUGAGCUGGCAGAGACGGAGCUGCCCGAAGAGGCGAAAGCCAUAGAGUGUCUCCUCGAGUUGCACACGGACAAGUACAGAAAACUGAAAGAUGCAAUCAGGUCGGUGUCAAAGGAGGGUCGUCAUCUUCUCUCCAGCCUGGAGACCACUGCGAAGGAGGAUGACUCCCAGUGGGACGUGAAGCUGGACUGGGAGACGGUGCAAAGGCUUCUCGCCCAGCUCAGAGACAUGGAGUCUGCCUUUGAUGGCUUUUUUGAGAAGCAUCAUCUAAAGCUCCAUCAGUAUCUCCAGUUGCUCAGAUAUGAGCAAAGCUUUCAGGAGAUGGAGUUAUGUCUAGAGCAUCUCACAGCUCAGGAGAGGGAACUAUGCAUAUCUGCGAACAGUCUGGCUGAAACAGAACAGGCCCUCAAAAGGCUGAACAAUCUAGAGUCCAAUGCACAGCUGGCCAAUCAGCUAGUAGAUAAGUUUCAGUCUAAGGAGGGGGCCCAGGCUGCUCUGAGGGACAUUGAGAAGCUCUUGGAAGGGGCUCCGUCUAUGCUGAGCUCAGGACUCGACACUGUAACUGCUGAAUAUGAGGCUGUUAUUACACCUCAUUUUCAAGCCCAGAUUGGGAAAACGUUUGAGAAGCACGCAGCAGUACAGCAGAUGAUCCAGAAUCGACAGGCUUGUCUAAGGAAGCUGGCUGAUAAACACGUACGACCGGUCCAACUGGUGGCCCCCAGGCCUGAAAACACACCACGAUCCAAGUCUCCGCUCUUCUCUCCAAAACAUGGUGAUGGAUUGAAGUUCACAUUCGAUCUUUCUCUGCCUGGGAAAAGAGCAUCGAGAAAGGUCCCCAACUCUCGAAAAAUAGAGGUGAUGCACGACUACCAGGAGAGCCGGAGCUGUGUGUCGUACAGUCUGGAUGGAGACGACAGCCCAGAUCUCUUGAAGCGUCAUGUAAUGAGGGAACUCAUAGAAACUGAAAGAAUCUACGUGGAAGAGCUGCUGUCAGUGUUACUGGGUUACAGGGCUGAAAUGGACAACCCAGCUCUGUCGGGGGUCCUGCCCCCAAUACUUCGCAGUAAGAGAGACAUUCUCUUUGGAAACAUGCCGGAGAUUUACAAUUUUCACAGCAGGGUUUUCCUUCAGGACCUGGAAGGAUGCCUGGAGGCUCCUGAAGGUGUGGGAGCGUGUUUUCUGCAGCGGAAAGAAAGCUUCCAAAUGUACGAAAGCUACUGUCAGAAUAAGCUACGCUCAGAGGCACUGUGGAGACAAUUCUCAGAUUGCGGCUUCUUUUUGGAGUGUCAAAAAAAGCUGGAGCACAAACUGGGCCUGGAUUCCUAUCUGUUGAAACCUAUCCAGCGCCUCACAAAAUACCAGCUGCUGCUGAAGGAGCUGAUAAAAUAUAGCACAGACGGUGAGGGCACCUCUGAACUCCAGGGGGCACUAGCAGCCAUGCUGGACCUUCUCAAAUCAGUCAAUGACUCCAUGCACCAGAUUGCAAUCACAGGAUAUGAGGGUGAUAUUUGUGAGCUGGGCCGUGUGCUGAUGCAGGGAUCCUUCAGCGUGUGGAUCAGCCAUAAAAAGGGCCCCACUCGCAUGAAGGAGAUGGCUCGUUUCAAGCCAAUGCAGCGGCACCUCUUCUUGUACGAGAGAGCUCUACUUUUAUGCAAGCGAAGGGAGGAGCAUGGAGAUGGCUGUGACAAGACCCCUUCAUACAGCUUCAAGCAUUGUCUCAAGGUUUGUCUAAUUUUAAGCAAUGCAAUAGUUUUCUGGAAGAGUGGCCACUUCUUUUUAAGGUAAAUCAGAGCUCCUACAGUGGAGGUGAAGAUGGCCUGGCUCAACGAGCUCCGUAGAAUCCUGACUAACCAGCAGAAGAUGCUUAGAGAUGAAGCAUAUCAACACGGCCACAUCGUUGACCACAUGCCACUUUCUCCACCACUCUCUGAGAGCAAACAGCAGAGGGCAUCAGUGAGUUCAGAGGAGACAGAGUCUGGGAGGAGCAGUCCAGACCCCCAGCCCCACUCCCCGAAACACCAGCACAACCGUAGGAGCUGGCCAGGAGCACCUCACUCCGUAGACAUCUGCGAGGGUCUGGAGGAGUGGCCUGGAGGUCGCGACCCCUUCCAUCCAUCUGACACAGAGGAGGAGGUUUUGGUGCAGCUGUCUCCAGGCAGAUACAGGGUUUUGGCUGACUGUCUCCAAAACGGACCAGACAGCAUCGUCAUCAAACGUGGAGACGUCAUCCAACUACAAUGUGAAGACAACAGGGGGCGCUGGCUGGUGAAAAAUGUGACUCUGCAACAAGAGGGCUUCAUACCAGCUGCCACCCUGCAGCUGAUUAUAGGAGGCAGCAGGCGCGAAAACUCCUCCAGACUAGGGGACCCAGGAAACCUGAAGGUGAGAAAGCUCAGCUCCCCAUAGAGAAGAAAGCACAUAUUGUGAUAAUAUUUACCUUUGGGUGAGAAUGAACAGACAGAAAGCAGACUGAGCCGUAGCUGUCUCGUAACUGAUCCUCCCAUGUCGUCUUCUUUCAUCAACGUUCAGUCAUUAAAAAGACAAACAUGGAAAUCUACACACAAGUUUUUUUCUAUGGCUUUGACUGACAAUCUCCUAAACCAGAGUUUUCUGACAGUGAAGGUGUGGAGAGGUACCAGCACAAAGACACUGGAGCUGAUGAAACCACUACGGACAAUCAACAAGCUACCCCUGGAUCUUGUUUGGUCUUCCUCUUUUCCUAUUAGUGAUAAAUAUCUCUUCCCUCUGGCGCUCACUUUGCAACACAUGCAAUCGGGAUGCGAGUUUGCUGCUUAAACAAUGGGUCAUUUCACAGUCUGUGGACUCUUCAAUCCUAAUACUUGAGGUUAAAGUAACUUUAUGGGUUUGUGUGUGUGUGUGUGAGCUCCUGUCUCAGUAUGUGACGAAUGGAUGCUAACCCAGGAUUUGCCUAAAAAAACUUUCUUAAAACAUAUACAUGCCACCGUGCGCGGUGUCAUUUUUAACAUUUACUGUAUCUCGCCGUUUCAUCUCGUCAUUGCAUUUUUCUUACAUUUUGCUCCUUAAGGCGUCCUCUUCUGUACAGUACGGGAGUUACAAUGCCAAAUUGUGCCAUGCCAUAAUGCCUUUUUUAUUCUUGCUCUUGUAGAGUCUUUUGUAUACUGUUUGCAAACUCAAAUACUCUGUCCUUGCUUUAAACUGACCUCACAAACAUUCAACGGGCACUUUAAUAUGGUGGAAGAAUGAUGGAAACUAAAAAUCCACCUUUUGUUUACCGAAUGUGUUCAUUGCUCGCUGCUUUACCUCUCUUACUGUGCAUAUUUCCUUGUGUUCUAGAUGCUAUUUUCUUUGUUUAUUCUUCUGUGAUGUAUGAUGAAUGUAUGAGGGAGGCAGGGAAGACACAUGCCUCCUGCGUGCAGGAAGCGGUUGACGUGUCAAAGAUGGUAAUGUAAGGCACAGGCAAAUGUGAUGAAGAUUGAUGGCAGUGUAUUCCUCUGUGUGUGCCAUAGACAAGUGGGAGGCACAUGCCACAGAGUCCUCAAACACUGUCAUUUUCAUCAUGAUCUUUUGGGAGCUGUCUUAUCAAAUGCAGCAAAGGAAGAAAAACUGAAGCAGAACGAGAGAGAAUGAUCUGCUGUGUGUGCUCGGCCAUCACAGAGGCAAAUUGUUUCUUCGCCAGCAUUACAGCUCGGUUAAUCUUGGGUUCCCCUUUAAAAUGGAUCAUACAGCCAACAUGAAAUAUACCCUCUGUAUUGAACACUUAAUUAAAUAUUGAUUGCAGACUUAUAUGAAUUUACCACAUCAAAUUGAGCCCCCGGUCGGAGGGCUGGCUUUGAUACGAUGCAUUUGAUAUGGAAAUGAAUCUAGAAAGCAGAAGGGGCCACUGCGCAACAUUUCCUGUGUUGUUAAUUUAUUUAUUUUACUGUCCAGUCCCAAAUGAAAUUACAUACCCAUAUUUUUACAGGAGCUAUGCUUGAUUCUUGUGCAACAUCUUCUUGAUUUGCUCUAUUAGCUUAUAUGAGAAAAAAACAUUGUUUGUUUGUCAUUUCAAUCCAAAAUGCUGCAGAAUUUGCACAGAUUUCCAGCUCGGGAAGCAAAAAUCACGCUUGAGACGUUACGUCUCUUGAUGAGCCAUAUACCCUACGCUAGUUGCUGAACAUUUCUUUCGAUAAAAAUGCAUGGCAACCGAACAAUGAGUUGGUUUGUAUUAUUAAAGUCAUUACUCUACACGGGCAUUUUUUUGUACAGCUUUUCUUAUGUAAAGAAAGCCAAAUGCAAAAGUAUUUGCUGCAAUAAUAUGUUUUUUUAAGUGAUAAAAUAAUAGUUGUUUUGACACAACUAAGCCCAGUCUUUGUCAUUCACCCUGAUUUAAUCUAUUAUUUCUGUCUUGUUUCGGUAGCAGCUGUCUUAAAUAAUAAAACUGCAGAAUUUU